CUAGCGUCAUUCUUUGCACUUGUGUUUUAAUAUUUGCUUUUUAAAUAUUACAGUUUUGUGCAGUGAAGGAACUGAUUUUGUGCAUUUUAACUUCAACUUUUUAACUAUUCGAAAAAAAAAUUUCAAUUAUAUCGCUGUUUAUAUACGGGGUUUAUCACUCAAAGUGAUAAAUUUUUCAUUUUUACUAAAUCGUGUACAGAUUUGAUAUUUUGAAUUAAAUAUUCAUAUAUAUAAUAGGAUUACAGAGAUAUUGUUUAAUUUAAUUUAUCCUCACUUUACGAUUUGAGUAUUAUGGAGUGGGAGGGUCCUCCCGCACAAGGCUUGUAUGAUCCGGCCAAUGAACAUGAGGCUUGCGGCGUAGGAUUCAUCGUUGCUAUUGACGGACGACGUAACCAUAAGAUUUUACGAGAUGCCGAGACACUUUCGUCUCGUAUGAACCAUCGUGGUGCCUGUGCUUGUGAUGAUGAUACUGGCGAUGGUGCAGGAGUGUUGACCGCCAUUCCGCAUGUCCUUUAUGAGAAGGAAUUAAGCAAGAGCCAGGUAUUUUUACCAGAAUUCGGUCGUUAUGCUACCGGAAUAAUUUACGUCGACAUAGAUAAUCAUGAGAAGUGUGAAGAGAAGUUUGAAAAAUUGGCCCAAGAGUUAGGGCUCAAGGUCUUUCAUUGGAGAACAGUUCCGGUAGAUUCCAGUGCAAUUGGUCAAGUUGCACGAAAAUCCGAGCCUUUUAUGCGGCAAGUAUUUGUCACUGGUGAUCAAAAUGAAGAAGAUCUAAAGCGGCAGGUCUUCGUGUUGCGCAAGAGAGCCACUCACGAAAUACCGUCUGCAGGAGUUAGAUUUUAUAUUUGUAGUUUAUCGUUAUUCACAGUCGUUUAUAAAGGACUAUUCACUUCAGAUCAGCUAUGGAAAUAUUUUGAUGAUCUAUCAAAUGAAGCGUUUGAUACUUAUAUGGCUUUAGUUCAUACUAGAUUUUCGACAAAUACUUUUCCGUCUUGGGAAAGAGCACAUCCAUUAAGGGUACUGGCUCACAAUGGGGAAAUUAACACUUUGCGGGGAAACGUAAACUUUAUGAAGGCCCGCGAAGGUGUCAUGAAAAGCGAAGUUUUUGGUGAAGAUUUGAAAAAACUUUAUCCAGUUGUAGAACCAAAUCUUUCAGAUUCUGGAUCUGCAGAUUGCGUUUUAGAGUUCUUGGUUAUGGCUGGUAACCGUUCUCUGCCAGAGGCCGUCAUGACAAUGGUGCCGGAAGCAUGGCAAAACGAUAAAACGAUGCCUCAAGAAAAACGCGACUACUACCAUUGGGCAGCGUGCGUUAUGGAGCCUUGGGAUGGACCUGCGCUUAUUUCAUUUACUGAUGGUCGAUAUAUUGGUGCUGUUCUCGAUCGUAACGGUUUGAGACCAUCAAGAUUUUAUGUGACUAAAGAUAAUAUACUGGUAAUGGCUUCUGAAGUUGGCGUCUACGAUACCGAACCCGAAAAUAUAAUUUUGAAAAGCCGCUUAAAACCAGGAAGAAUGUUACUGGUUGAUACACUUGAAAAGAGCCUGAUUCAGGAUGUCGAAUUGAAAUCUAAAAUAGCUCGAAGCAGGCCGCAUUCCCAAUGGUUGCAAGAACAGAUGAUAUCUUUAGAAGACAUACGUAAAGCAGAUUUAUUAUCCAGGAAUGGUAAUAUUAAUGGAACUAUUAGCAAUGGAAUAUCUAAUGGAGAUGCAAAACAUGGAUUUGCAGAUAAACGAUUGUCAAUGUUUGGAUAUACAACAGAAACAAUAAAUAUGCUGUUGUUACCUAUGAUCAAAAAUAAGAAAGAAGCUCUCGGCAGCAUGGGUAAUGACGCGCCUUUAGCCUGUCUCUCACGGUUCCAGCCUUUGCCCUAUGAUUACUUCAAGCAAUUGUUUGCUCAAGUCACCAAUCCACCAAUAGAUCCGUUCAGGGAGAAAAUAGUUAUGUCACUGAUGUGUCCAAUUGGACCCGAAGCAAAUAUUUUGAAUCCUAGUGCUAAACAAGUUCACAGGCUUUUGUUGCCUCAUCCAAUUCUAAGUGUCUCCGACUUGACAAUCUUGAAGCGCACUCAGUAUCGUGGGUGGAAGACAAAGGUGUUAGAUAUCACUCAUGACGUAGCACUGGGGCCAAAAGGAUUAUUACAGGCUUUAUCACAAGUUUGUUUGGAUGGACAAAAUGCUGCGGAGCAAGGUUAUCAACUGAUAGUACUAUCUGAUCGCAUGGCAGGUCCAAAAAGAGUUCCUGUAAGUUCACUACUAGCUUUAGGAGUAUUGCAUCAUCACUUAAUUGAGUCAAGGCAUAGAAUGAAAGUGGGACUGAUAGUCGAAACGGCAGAGGCCAGAGAGGUUCAUCAUAUUUGUGUUUUAUUAGGAUAUGGAGCAGAUGCAAUUUGCCCAUAUUUAGUUUUUGAAUUGGCAUCUGAUCUUCGCCAAGAAGGUGUGUUGGAUGCUGAGCUAACUGAUCAUAUUAUAUACAAUGCUUAUUCCAACGCUAUUGAAACUGGGAUAGCAAAGGUUAUGGCUAAGAUGGGAAUAAGUACCUUGCAAUCAUACAAGAGUGCGCAAAUUUUUGAAGCUGUAGGUUUAGGGCAGGAAGUCAUUGAUAGAUGUUUUAAGGGAACACAAAGCAGAAUUGGCGGAGUGAACUUUGAAGUUCUUGGACAAGAUGGUUUCUUCCGUCACCAAAUAGCAUUUGGUAUUAGCAGCCCUGAUACUUCGAUUCUACUUAACCCUGGUAAUUUCCAUUGGCGAGCUGGUGGGGAAGCACAUAUCAAUGAACCUGCUUCCAUUGCAAGUUUGCAAGAGGCAGCAAUUAACAAAAACAAAAAUGCUUAUGAAAACUUCAGAGACUCUACUAUGAAAUCUGUUAGAGAUUGUACAUUAAGAGGUCAAUUGGAGUUGGUUAAAAGUGAUAGUCCAGUUCCUUUGGAAGAGGUAGAACCAGCAAGUGAAAUAGUGAAGAGAUUUGCUACCGGUGCGAUGAGUUUUGGUAGCAUCAGCAUUGAGGCACAUAGCUCAUUGGCCAUAGCUAUGAAUAGCAUUGGAGGAAAGAGCAAUACGGGAGAAGGUGGUGAAAAUGCUGAUAGAUACUUGAAUCAACCUCAUGGCGCUAACAAGCGGUCAGCUAUCAAACAAGUUGCUUCUGGUAGAUUUGGGGUCACCGCUAGCUACUUGGCGCAUGCCGAUGAUUUACAAAUUAAGAUGGCGCAAGGUGCUAAACCAGGAGAAGGUGGUGAACUGCCAGGCUACAAAGUCACAGCCGAUAUUGCAAAAACUAGGCAUUCCGUUGCUGGUGUUGGAUUAAUUUCGCCGCCACCCCAUCAUGAUAUCUAUUCUAUUGAAGAUUUGGCCGAAUUGAUUUACGAUUUAAAAUGUGCAAAUCCUAAAGCUCGUAUUUCAGUUAAAUUGGUUUCUGAAGUUGGUGUUGGAGUCGUAGCUUCUGGUGUUGCAAAGGGUAAAGCAGAACAUAUUGUAAUAUCAGGUCAUGAUGGUGGCACCGGCGCCAGUUCAUGGACAGGUAUUAAAUCAGCAGGCCUACCAUGGGAACUUGGAAUCGCGGAGACGCAUCAAGUAUUGGUACUAAAUAAUUUACGAUCAAGAGUUGUUGUCCAAGCAGAUGGUCAGUUGAGGACCGCUUUUGAUGUUGUUGUUGCUGCCUUGCUCGGAGCCGAUGAAUUCGGAUUCAGUACAGCUCCACUUAUAGUGAUGGGUUGCACCAUGAUGCGCAAAUGCCAUCUGAACACAUGCCCUGUUGGUAUAGCAACUCAAGAUCCAGUACUACGAGCUAAGUUUGCUGGAAAACCUGAACAUGUUGUCAAUUAUUUGUUUAUGUUAGCAGAAGAGAUUCGUACAGUAAUGGCCAGUUUAGGAAUUCGUAAAUUCCAAGAUCUUGUUGGCAGAACUGAUUUGUUACGACCAAUGAAAGCCAAUAACAAUUAUAAAGCUUCAUUGUUGAAUUUAGAUCUCUUACUGAAGAAUGCUUUGGAAAUGAGGCCUGGAGUACAAAUUGUUGGUGGAUCCAAAGUACAGGACUUCCAAUUAGAAAAGAGAUUAGAUAACAAGUUAAUUGAGCAAGCUCAAAGUGUAAUCAGUGGUGAACAGAAGCAUAUAGAAAUCACCAUGAUUAUAAACAAUGAAUGCAGAGCGUUUGGUUCUACUUUAAGCUAUGAAAUUGCUUGCUUGUAUGGCGAAGAAGGUUUACCUGCUGAUAGAUCCAUUGAUAUUAAGCUUCAAGGAUCUGCUGGUCAAAGUUUCUGUGCAUUUUUAGUUACUGGUGUGAAAUGUACCCUGGAGGGUGAUGCUAAUGACUAUGUUGGUAAAGGUCUAUCUGGUGGUACUAUUGUGAUUUAUCCUCCCAUCAAAUCUUCAUUUGAAUCACAUUUAAAUGUAAUUGUUGGUAAUGUUUGUUUAUAUGGGGCAACUAAAGGCAAGGCUUUGUUUAGAGGAAUUGCUGCUGAAAGAUUUUGUGUUCGUAAUUCUGGAGUUACAGCUGUUGUAGAGGGUGUGGGUGACCACGGUUGUGAGUAUAUGACUGGAGGUACAGUUGUUAUUUUGGGACUAACAGGAAGAAACUUUGCUGCUGGAAUGUCUGGUGGUAUUGCUUACGUAUUGGAUGUGGAUGGUUUAUUUCCUGGCAAAGUUAAUAAAGAGAUGGUUGAAUUAUUACCUCUUGAACUUGAUGAUGACAAAGUUCUUUUACAAAAUUUGUUGAAAGAAUUUAUUGAAGCUACAGGAUCAUCAAUUGCGCAAUAUGUUUUGGAUAAUUGGGAUGUGGAAUCUAAAAAAUUUGUUAAAGUAUUUCCUUAUGAAUAUCAGAAAGUACUAAAACAGAUGGCAGCUACAUCUAAUAUUGUAGAAAAAGCAAAUGGCCUUAAUGGUACCUCUAACGGAAAUGGAACUGUGUCGAUUAAAAAUAAAUGUGAACCAAAAGUUAUGGAUAUUGAAGAAACUAUAGCUGAUGAAGAACUACAAGGCAAAAAAUUGGAGCAAAUUUUAGAUAAAACACGUGGUUUUAUAAAAUAUAAACGAGAAUCUAAAAUGUACCGCGAUGCAAGUGAGAGACAACAAGAUUAUACAGAAGUAUACAAUUUUAAGCAUGUACGGAAAGGUCUUAAAAAGCAGGCAGCAAGGUGUAUGGAAUGUGGAGUUCCAUUCUGUCAGUCUAGUCAUGGAUGUCCACUCGGAAAUAUUAUUCCGAAGUGGAAUGAUUUAGUGUUCCAAGAUAAUUGGAAAGAAGCUUUAAAUCAACUGCUACAAACAAAUAACUUUCCGGAAUUUACUGGUCGUGUAUGUCCGGCACCUUGUGAAGGAGCAUGUGUUUUAGGAAUAUCGGAACCUCCAGUUACCAUUAAGAACAUUGAAUGCGCAAUUAUUGAUCAUGCUUUUGAAAAUGGUUGGAUCAAACCACAAAUUCCGUUAUACCGUACAGGUAAGAAAGUGGCCAUAAUUGGAAGUGGACCAUCCGGUCUUGCAGCUGCAGCACAACUAAACAAAGCAGGACAUUAUGUAACUGUUUUUGAAAGGAAUGACCGCAUAGGAGGCUUAUUACAAUAUGGCAUUCCAACUAUGAAAUUAAGUAAAGCUGUUGUGCAGAGGCGAAUUGAUCUUAUGGCUGAAGAAGGAAUUGUUUUCAAAACUAAUGUUAAUGUGGGGAAAACAUUGCCUAUUACAGAUGUUAUAAAUGAAUUUGACGCGGUUGUUUUAACGACUGGCGCUACCUGGCCUAGAGACUUGCCAUUGAAAAACCGAGACCUGAAGGGAAUACAUUUUGCAAUGGAAUUUUUAGAAUCAGGUCAAAAACGACUUAUUAAUCCCCAGGUUAAUAACAUCAGUGCUAAAGGCAAAAAUGUCAUCAUUAUUGGGGGAGGUGAUACAGGCUGCGAUUGCAUUGCUACUUCGCUUCGCCAAGAUGCUGCAAGUAUUGUAACAUUCGAAAUUUUACCUGAACCACCUGCUGGUCGUGCUUCAGAUAAUCCAUGGCCCCAAUGGCCUAAAGUCUUCCGUGUUGAUUAUGGCCAUGAGGAAGUUAAAGUUAAAUUUGGAAAUGAUCCAAGGCAGUAUAAUACUUUGACGAAAGAAUUUAUUGAUGAUGGUAAUGGAAAUAUUACUGCUGUGCGAAGUGUGAAUGUAGAGUGGACACGUAAUGAAAAUGGUCAAUGGAAAAUGAAUGAAAUAUCUGGCUCUGAAAAAUUACACAAAGCUGAUCUUGUGCUUCUGGCAAUGGGAUUUUUGGGUCCUGAGAAGUACAUUGCCAAUGAGAUAUCCCUACCUCUGGAUAAUCGGGGCAAUGUCGCCACUGUGAAUGGUAUUUACGGAACUUCGAUGGAAAAAGUAUUUGCGGCUGGGGAUUGUAGACGAGGUCAGUCUUUGGUCGUUUGGGCUAUAACUGAAGGCAGACAGGCCGCUAAACAAGUCGACGCUUAUUUAAACGGAAAGCCUAGCUCGCUACCGGGAUUGGGUGGCGUAGUACACCCUUGUCCACAAGGCUAAACUUAUUCCUACAUAGAACUAAUGGAAUUUUUUCGUGUUCUUUUUCAGUAAUAACGACGGAUCUUUACACAUUGUUUUCUUGGAUAAUAUAAAUACCUUGGAUAAUUGUUUUCCAUAAAAUAAACGGUCUUUAAUGCUGCUGUGAUCCAGUAUAAAAGAUAUAGUGAAAUUGCAUAACGGGCAUAUUAAUUUUCCAGUAGUAGACUUUUGCAAGCGUGCGCAGCUACACGUUGUUGCAAUUUAAUCUGUUUGUGAUAUAUUGUGAUAUUUUAUUGACUGUGUACUUCAAGUAUCUGUUGAAAUUUAUAAAUAUCAUCAUUUACAAAUACCAACACUGUAAGAGCUGCUAAAAAUAUUUUUAAAACUCGUUCAUAAUUUCGUUCGAGCGCGCAUUGAAAAAGUCGUACAGUGAUAAUAAAUAUGUGAAUAAGGUUUAAAAAAAUUAUAUUAUUUGAAGCCAAGUUGGGCUAAUAAACAUAUUUCACUGGUAUGAGCAAAAUUACAAUUUGUUGGAUAAAUUUCUCUCCACUGAGAUAUAUAUUGAAAAAAAAAAUCUGUGAUGUACUUACAUACCAGUACAACGUUUAAUAUUAAUUUUGAUAUUUUAAAAUGAAUCCCAUAGUACAAUGAGUAUUUUCAGUAUAGUUUCUUAGUUUAGAUCAAA